AGCGGGAAAAGAAAGUUUCGCGAGUCGGGGCGCGCGCAGCUGCGGCGGCCAUGGAGCCGAGGCAGCGGGAGGAGGACGACGCGGAGGAUCGACGGCAGUUCACGUUCGUCCAGAACCUGAAAGCGGCCCUCCACUACACGGUGGGCUCGAUAUGCCAGGAAGCUGCUGAAGCCAAAGGGGUCAGGUUCACCAAGCCGACCAUAGCGGCCAUUUCCGAAGUCACCUUUCGGCAGUGCGAACAUUUUGCCAAAGACCUUGAGAUGUUCGCCAGACAUGCCAAAAGAAGCACAAUUAACAUGGAGGACGUGAAGCUCUUAGCCAGGAGGAGUAGCUCAUUGCUAAAUCACAUUACAGAGAAAAGUGAAGAGAUUACUCGGGCUAACCAGGAGCAAAAGGAUAAGAAGAAAAAGAAGGCAGAAGGAGGAAGCAAAAAACCCAGCAAACCGGCUGUAACUGAAAUGGACAUUGAUGAUUGAGGAGGCCUCCCACUGGCACUGGCUGCUGCUCUGUCCGGCAGCUCGGGUAGCAUGGGGGCUGAGGAUUGAUGCCGGCUCCACUAACUCUAGAAAAGCAGACCUGGAAGGGAUGAAGGAAGGGAAAAUAGAUGCUGGGGGCAGCUGGGGCUCAUCUCUUUCCUACUUUAACACGUAAGAAAGCUAGAAACGCUUAAGCAAGAUAUUUGGGUGCCUUUACUGGAACACUGAGAAAGGAGUGGGGGGGACAGCAUGGAUUUAAAUUAUUGUUAUUUUUUAAAAUUAAUAAAAUGUUGUAUAGCUAACUGUUUUAGAGUUCAAACACAUUUGUUCCUUUGUUCAUUUUUCAAGUGCCCUGGCCUCGAUGGCCUGCCCAGAAAAUAGCAGUGAGUGGGCUGCGUUUAAGGCCUUUUUGCUCACUUAUGCUGGGAGUCCUGGGUUGUCCUAAUUUCACUGGGUGAAGGGAAGAAAGAUGGCUUUCUCCCUCUCUUGAGACCGGCUCCUUCCACUUCCCUUCCAUUUGGGCUCAUAGGUCUCGGGGUGGCCCCGGUCUGGUCCGUUCACCUUUUCUUCCAGAAGGAGGUCUUUGAUCUUAAGAAAAAAUCCCCUGAGAGGGGAAAAGCACCCCUAGUGUGAGUGGCUCUCCUCCUAGGAACUGUGGAGAUUUGGCCCCAGACAUUUGUUUUCUCAGCAUAUCCCCUUCCUCCAUCUUCUCCUAGAUUUGUGGCAGGCUCGGGCCUUUUAGUGACAGGAUGAUUUAGGGGCAGAUACCCCCAGACUGAGUCCUUCUCUGCACAGUGACAGCACACAGACAAGUCCAUAAAGCCCAGUUAACUCCUCCUGGGGCAUCAGACAACCAAUACUUCCUGUUUAUGAAAGAGAAGUCACUCUCUAGGGUUGUCCCACAGAUUCUCCUCAUUGGCAAAGCCAACUUCGAAGGGACAAAUGGAGAGAAAACAGACAUGGGGGCGAUUUUGUGCUGGUCUCUUCCUGGCAGGCAAUGAUAAUGCAUAAGAAAGCUCUUUGCUCUGCUAUCAUAGAAUGGAAAGUCUGAGGGGCUUCUAGGAUCGGAGCUGAGCCCUUUUAUUUUUACAGAUGAGGGAACUGAAGCUCUCUGAGGAGAGCUCAGAAGCUGGCUCCAGAGCAGGCACAUGGGAAGGAACAGAACUGGGAUUCGAAUCCAGAGCUUUGGAAGCCAAAGUCAGAGCUCUUUCCAACAUACCACACAAUGAUGUUCAUAAACUGACUUUAUUUUCCCAUUAACUCCUCAUCUGCAGUAUUUUCAAUUCAUGUUAAAGAAAGAUUUUUCCCCCUAUCCUUUUAGAGAGCACUUCAAUAUGCAGUAAAUUGCAAAAAUAAUCAUACAUACUCUUUGACCUCACAAUUCCUUUGUUGGAAUAUACCUCUAGAUUUACCAAAACAAGCAAACAAAAGAUCUUCUCAAAGAUUUUCAUAUCAGCAUUAUAUAUAAUUAAAAAAAAUUAGAAACAAUUUACAUGUCCAACAUUUGGGAAUGGUUAAGUGCAUCUUGGUACCUUCAUGUGACAGAAUAUUAUAAUGCAGUCAGUCAACAAACAUUGUUGAAAACCCUACUAUGUGCUGGACUUUGUGUACCCAGGGUUACAAAUAUAAAGAAUGAGAUAACAUCUACUUGUGAGGAGCUGCUUUACAGCCUUAUGGGGGAAAAAUAAUAAAAACAGAUAUUUAUAUGACUACUUAAGGUUUGCAGAGAGGCAGUUCAGUGGCAGCACAAUGGAUAAAAACAAUCGGCCUAGAACCCAAAUUCAAAUCUACCCUCGGCUAUUUCCUAGUUGUAUGACCCGGGGCAAGUCACUCAAUCUU